CGCAGGCGCAAUUCUCGUCUAUCGGCAGUAGACUACAUGACCCGGCAUGCAUUGCUGCUGUCCUCCCACACGGCGGGGUCACUGUAGAGAUGGCUGCCCGCAUAGCAUGUCUGCUGAGGAGGCUUCACCCGGAGAGGACGAGUGUCCGGAGGAUGCUGUGUGCUGGAGCCAGCAGUUCGUUGAGCAGGCCUCCUGGAUUUACAGAUCCUGAAGUGCAGAGCAUACUGAGGAAGAUGACUGGUCUGGACCUGGAGAAAAUUUUCCAGCCGUUGAAGCAAGCCAGUAAACCACCCACAUACAAGUUAAUGACCCAAGAACAAUAUGAACAGGCCAUUCAGAAAGCUGCAGAGGCUGCAACAAAGCACUUGGAGAUGCCGCCCAUGUUGGAGGAACGACCACCAAUAAAUGAAACCCUGACUGUGGAUGAGAUUCUUUCUGGUACAGAUACUGCCAAAUAUGUGUUCACCGAUAUAACUUACAGCACAGCACACCAAGAAAGGUUUAUUGUGGUGCGAGAGCCAAAUGGUGUUUUGCGGAAAGCCACCUGGGAAGAGAGAGAUCGAAUGAUCCAGGUUUAUUUUCCCCGCCAAGGUCGGAAAUUGGCACCUCCACCUGUGUUCAAAAAGGAAAAUCUUCAGCAUUUGUUUAAGCUGGAUCGACAUGAAGAGCUCCUGAACCGCUGUAUUAUCCAGUUUGAGCCCGAUUCCCAUGAAUAUAUAGAGAUCAGGAACCAAACAUUCGAGGACAUUGACAAGCAAAGAAAGUAUAACCUGUUACGGUCAACACGGCAUUUUGGAGGCAUGGUGUGGCACUUGUGCUCUGUGAAGAACGUUGAUGGACUUCUUGUAGACCUGCUUCAACGAGAUUUAUUAGAUGAUGCGUUGAGUUUAGUGCGACUCUACCACAUGAUACAUCCCGAUACUGAGUGUGCAAGAGAAUCCCAGGGAGCCGACGGCAGAGAUCUUAUUAAGAUAUUUAUUAAAAUGGAAGCAAAGAAUCCAGCAUAUAUAGAACUGGCUUUACAAGCAUAUCCACAGACUGCCAGCAGUGCAGCGUCUUCAUGACACCAUUGCUGGACUUCUCCAGAAUUCUACACUUCAGUUUCAUGAAGCCAUUUCCUACCAUGCAAAAUGUAGUGUCCCCCAGCGACUACUGGAUGUGUAUUUCUAUGCUGGACACAUAAGCCUUCCCUACUACUUUGUGUCACAAUUUCUAAAUAAAUAUUCAGUAUACUGUGUUUCUCCUGUUUCUAAAUGAGCAUUCAUAAUACUGUUACUGCAUUUCCCCUGUUCAACAAGCUAAAAUGCUAAAUGUGCACCGAGGCUGUUCUGUAGGAGGCUGGAAAUGUACCCAAUUAGUCAAUUAAAAUUAGCGCUAAACACCGAUAUCCAAAUUGUAUAUUAUAUUUAUGAUUCGUUAAGUCUGCAUGAACUGUGUUUUCAGGCAAGAAUAUUAAAUUGCUUUUCUCACUAUAACCCUACUGCUAAAACUGUUUUGAGAAUUGUAACUGAACAUAGCAGCUGCUCUAAAUACCUCUGCUUUUUAAGGAAAAUUAUAAUUGUUCAGGGUCAAUUUUUUUUAUUUUUGGAAAAUUGAUUAAAGGAUAAGUUCACCUUUUUUUUUUUUUUUUUUUUCGGGCAGAAUUUCACUUUUCAUAAUAAAUAAAGCGUUUUCUAAUGCCGUUUCUGGCCCAGCCAUCCCAAUGUGUUUACCUUUCACUUACCUUGUCCGCAGGAUGAUUAAAAUCUUAAUAAAGUCA